AUGGAAUGUUUACAAUACCUUAUUCAUUGUAUACAUUCCAAUAUUAACGAUAUAAAACAAAUAUAUUUGCCUACAAGUAUAGCUGUAACAGCACUUUAUCUUCCAAUUUUUCUUCUUUCAAUAUUCAAUCAAUCAAUAACAAAACUUUCAAAAUGGAUUUUAACGAUUCCUAUUGUUAUUUAUUUACUAUUUAUUCCUAUGUAUCAACCAGUACGUUCAAUACCAUUAUUUAAUUCAUGUAUUGCAGGUAUUGCUAUUUAUUAUGUACAAAAAGUAUGUGAAUGGUUAUUAAUUCGACGUAAUGAAUUUCAUCAAUGGUCUUUUUUUGAUAUACAACAUGAAUUAUUUUAUUAUCGUGUUUAUACACAAUCUGUUAGUAUAAAAAAAUUAGAUAAAAAGAAAAAAAAAGAAAUAUUUUAUACUGGUCCUAUACAAUUUAAUAAACAUGCUCAAUCCUUAAUAGAUAUAUCUUGUAAUAUAAUAAAAUAUUAUGUCUUACUUGACUUUGUUAUUUAUUCAUUACAUGAAAUUUUCAGUACAGAUUUCUAUGAAAAAUAUUAUAAGAAAUAUCUAUUAGUACAAAUUAUUAUUAAUCAAUUAGGUGGAUGUGUUGUAUAUUUAUUUUUAAUGUUCAAUUAUGAGAUUGUUCGACAUACACUUUGUCUAUUACUUAAUCGACCACUUGAAUUGAUACCUGAUCUGUUCAAUAAACCAUAUCGGGCAAUAUCACCUAUAGAUUUUUGGUCAAGAUGGCAUCAAAUCUUUAAAAAUACGUGGAUUGAAUUGAUCUUCAAACCAAUAUCAACAUUGAUUUGUCAUCAUUGGCCAUAUUUACCAAAAUUUAUCAGUUAUGGUAUUUCAUCAAUGUGUGUUUUCUUAGUUUCCGGUAUUAUGCAUGAAUAUACUGUUUAUAUAACAUUGAAUAAAUUCUCUGGUGAUCAAAUAAAAUUUUUUCUUCUUCAAGGUUUAGCUGUUCUUAUUGAAUCUGCAUUUAAACAACAAUUUCCACAGUUUUACAUUUCAAAACCAAUUGGUUGUGUCUUAACAUUUAUAUUUAAUGGUAUAACAGCUGGUUAUUUUAUACAACCUUGGAUACCAUUUUUUUGUGAUAAAAAAAUAUUAAAAUAUUCAUUUAUUAAUUUUGUUAUACGAAAUUUAUUUUAUAGAUAUUGA